GCGAGGGACGCUCUACCCAGAGGCUUGUUUUCUUUCUUGCAGCAUUAGACACAUGGAUAUAGAAGCCACUUAGUAAAUAAGACUUCAUUAUUUUAACAUGAAAUGCUGUAGACAGCAAAGACAGGGUGAAACGUGGCCAAAGAAAGGGGAAUGCUAAUAGAGGACAGUCUGGAUCGAAGGACCAACAGACUGAGACAUGUCUCCUGCUGAGAGGCUUAAGGUGCUCCUCUUCUUGGCGUUGUUCUUUGGAGCUACAGGAUUUCUGUUCACGCUGCUCUCCUGUGGGACGGAGUACUGGCUGCUGGCCGCUGAGUCCUGCAGCCAGCCAGAGGACAGCUACGGAGGAAGAGGUCUGAGAGAGGGGAAGAGCAGCACCAAGGCCGUAGACGGUGUGAGGAUCUUCCAUGAGGGUCUGUUUUGGCGGUGCUCUUUCACGGCUGUUUCAGAUGAACACACUAUAUGGGACCUUUGGAUCUCAAAUCAGCCACCAUCAAAAGUCUGCCAUACUGCUUUCCUCUUCCCGUUUCCUGUUUAUGAGCCGAUGCAAUCAAGGGGGGAGCCACAUGGUUUUCCCGCAAAUCCAUAUGAACAUCACUCUGCCAUUGUUUUUAGGACCUUCUGGAGCAUCUUCCUCGUCACAGGUUUGGCUGCUGUCAUCAUCGGUGGAUUUGUUGUCAUCUGUGCCGGCCCACUGACCAAUCACAGGCUCUUUAAAGUGGGCGGGGCCCUUCUGUUUUGUGGCGGUCUGUGUCUGCUGGCAGUGGUGGUGAUGUACGGGAUGUGGAUCCAGGUCUUGGACACUCUGGAGCAGUUUGCUCUUCAUCAGAGAGUCUCCACUUGCCCCUCGUUUCACCUCAGCGUCCAGCACGGUCCGUCUUUCCUUCUGGCUCCUGUCGCUGUCUUCUUCUGCCUGCUUGCUGGCGUGCUCUUCAUCCUGAUUGGUCGGAGCAUUCAGGGGAUACAGAUGGAUAAGAGAGACAAAAUUCCUGAUCUUCCAACAUCUGAUGUUUUACCUGUGACUCCCUCCGUAAAUACAGAGGAUUCAGUUUAAACAAGUGCCAUGAUGGGAAUUAAAUGAGGUCACUAAAAAAUGUACUGUAAUGUAAAUGUACUGAUAAAAAUGUACAUGUUGUCCUAACCUGAGUUUUAGUCGGGCAGCAUAAGUAGAAAAAACAGUGUUUUAUAUAUUAUGCGUGUGUAGAGUAUGUAAAAGGAAUUUAGAGGAACUUGUUCUUUAUUUGAAUAUUUCAUUUUAUGCAACUACUUUUCUACAGAACUGCAUUUCAGUGGAAAAUAUACUUUUCUUACAACAUUUAUGUAAAAUGAUAAAGUGUUACAGAUUAAACCACCCAUCAGUAUGUAUAAAGUUGGUAAAAUUACUCCAUCUCAACCAGCUACAACAUUGAAAGUUCAUCAAUAACAGUA